AUGGAAUCUCAUCAUCUUCUCCUACUAGUGGCCUUCUCAAGCCACUGCCUCUUAAACAUCAAUACUACUUCUGCAACUACCAAUUUCCUUGCAAAAGCUCACAGAAUCAUCUUCAAGCUAAGCCACCACAAGUUUAUUCUUAAUCAACUUCACAAUCAGACUGUAAAAGCCUCACUUGCACGUUUAGCUUAUCUAGAGAGGAAAGCUGGAGGUAUUUCUCACAAUUACUACACCAAUGACUUGCGAGCAAGAAUGAAGGCUGAGAUAUUUGGUGUACAGUUUAUGGCCAAUUUCUCCAUUGGUGACCCCCCAGUCCCUCAGCUUCUAACCAUGGACACAGGAAGCAACCUGUUUUGGGUUCAAUGUCUUCCUUGCAAUAAGUGCUUCCAACAAACAAGUCCACUAUUUGAUCCCUUCAAAUCAUCCACAUACACCAACAUAUCCUGCAAAUGUCCCUCUUGCUCAGUUUUUGAUGAAGACAAAUGUGAUGCCUAUGACAACUGCAAGUUCUCACACAAAUACCUUGAUGGGACUGAUGUGGCAGGAAUACUUGGCACUGAAGCUCUCACUUUUGUGACUUCUGAUGAAGAUGUAAUCACUGUCCCUGAGGUGCUUUUUGGCUGUGCUAGUGACAAUAAUGCUUUUGAUGGUGAGCCCAGUGGCAUUAUAGGCCUUGGUCCUUCAAACAUAUCUCUGGUGACUCAACUAGGUUCUAAGUUUUCCUAUUGCCUUGGCAGUAUAAUGGACCCAAAGUAUACCCAUAACGUGUUAGUUCUAGGGGAAGGUGCUCGUUUAGAGGGUGACUCGACACCCCUAGAAGUUUUCAACGAUCUUUACCAUGUAAGGUUAGAGAGUAUAAGUGUGGGAGAAAAACAGCUAGACAUUGAUCCUUGUAUAUUCAAAAGGACACCAGAAGGCAAGGGUGGGGUUGUCAUUGAUUCUGGGACAACUCUAACUUUUCUGUUGCCUGAAUGGUAUGAACCAGUUGCUUCUGAAGUGCAGAAGUUGUUAGAUGGCAAGCUUGAACGUUCAUAUGAUCCAUAUAUUCCAAAUCUGUGUUACAAAGGGGUUAUUAGUAGAGAUCUGACAGGAUUUCCUGUGGUAACAUUUCACUUUGCCGGAGGAGCUGAAUUAGCUUUAGACAUAAAUAGCCUUUUCCAAGAAAAUGGUAAGGAGGAGUUUUGCCUGGCCUUGCAAGAGUCUCAAGAAAUGAGUAUCAUUGGGAUAAUGGCUCAGCAGAAUUACAAUGUAGGAUUUGAUGUUUCUGGAAAGAAUGUUUUCUUCCAAAGGAUAGAUUGUCAGCUUCUUCAUUAA